UUCUCUGUCAGUAGUAGGUCAGGUAUUCUUUCUCUUCUGCAAUUAGAACCUUGUCUAUGUGACAGACACAGAACCAGGAAACAGCAUUUGUGACAAGACUUCUUGCCUUUCCUUUGCCAUUUUGACAAGCUAAUCCUAGGCACAAAGGGAAGAGAUCUGCAGAUUGGGGACCUAGUGGUUUAUUUCAUGUCCAGUCCAUUUCCUGGCUUAAUGCAAACUACCUUAUUAUCACUGUAGGUCUCAAGCAGACAACAGCUAAGCAUCCUGGGGUAUAGUUUCCCACUCCUCAGGUUAUGAUCAUCAUCUUGAACAACAAUGUUUUACUAGAUGUCUAGUAGUCAUAGGGCAUUUAACUGUGGAGGAGUGAAGCUGUGACAAGAGAGAUAUGGCAAUGUAGAUGCUUAUUUCUUUCAUACUUAAGGCAAAGAAUGAGCUUGCCUAAAGGUGUCCUUAUUUUUCAGCCUUAAGUUCAGUAAAUGAAACACAAGCUUUAUUCAAUUAGCACAGCCUAACUAGAAACCCUCUUAUUUGGAUGAAUACACUUUAAUUCAUUUGAAAUAGAAAAGAAACAAAUCCUAAGACAUGAAAAACAAUAUAUUAAAGUUGUUGUUGUGGUCAGUAAUUUGUCUUGGUCUGCUAUUAUUGUUAUCAUCAGCAUGUAGUGUAUAGGGAUAGUUAUGCUUUCAUCACAUGUUGCAAAUAACAUUGGUUGGCUUUUGAACUUGGCUGAUGAACAGUGGAUGUUUUGAAAACUUGAGAUUUAGGAAAUAGGGGAUGACCUACAGGCAUUGUAUUGAUCUAGUCUUAAUCAUACCACAGCAUGAGAUGGAAGUGGCUUUAGAGAAUAUCUAGUCAAACCUUCUAUUUUAUCAAUUGAGAAUACUGAGACACCGAAGGUCAUCUUCAGUGCCACACAAGUAGUUGGAGGUAGAACAGAGACAAUCCUCUUGAUUCCUAACCCAAUAUUCUUUAAGAUAAACUGGGGGUAUUUUUCUAGAUGAUCCUAUGCCAAGGCAAUCUAAAUGGUUCAAUGUCAAAAGGCAUUUUUGAUUCCUUCCUCAGCCUGUUCUUUAGUGUUGCCAUCUCUAUUCUCUGUCUUUUUAAAGUAGUAACAAUUAUGUUUCUAGCCAGUUUGGCCAGCUUAGAGAGGGCGAGCCUAAGAAAUUUCAUUUGAUGAAAGGGAAAAUGAAGGGUCUUGAAUGGUGAAUUAGAUUCAUUAGCCUUUGUUUCUUUGAGUUGGCUUUGUCCUUUGGCCAGAAUACUGUGAUUCUUCUGUACAUUGUGGUUCUUGCUAUCAGGAAAAAUAAAAGUCAGCCAAAAGAAACAUUUUUUUCCCAAGGAAAUAGUGUAGUAGGGAGAAAACCAUAAAGAAUAAAUAAAAGAGAAGGAAUAACAAUGCUUUAAUCUCUUUUCUCCAUCAAAAAACAAACAGUAGCAAACCAGAUAAACAAGUAGGCCACACACAGCAAGGCAGCUAAGAAAUUUUACAGGAGGGGCCCCAGAAAAGCAGAAAGAAUAGUGAUAAGUCUUGGGGUGGGUAGGUGGGUGGAUGGGUGAGGUCACUAGAGUUCAGAGGAGACUGGUAGUUGAGCUAUGACUCCAAGAGUUGCUGACAAGCUCCCUUGCUAAUGAGAGGGAGAACCUCUCAUAAUUUGGAGCUUUGGUGGCAAAGGAGUGAACUCUAAGUAGGGAGCAAGACCUUAAUCAUGGAAUGUGUCAUUGGGACCCAUGCCUGUACUUGUCUUGUUUCUCUGGAGAUAGAAAUGGUUUGUGCCUCUCCAUGUAAUUGUGCCUGGUGACAAUAUCUUUCUAGAUAAGGGAAGAGGGAGUUAAUUGCUGGAGAAAAAAUGGUCAAGCAAGUGUGGUGCUCUGUAUGUAAAGCCUAUAUUUAUGGAGAGACAUGGUUAAAAUAUUUAAUUUUGUAGUAAAUAAAUAUAUCAUGUUUGUUUUUCUAAGAGAUAAGGUGGAAAGAGUACUCCCCCUCAAAAAACAUCUACUUGCUGAAAUAAUCUUUCCCUAGGCUUGAUUUAAUUUGUUAUGUUUGUUUAUGUUCAUCUGAAGGAUGUCAUUAGCUUAGAUUUUUCCAAGUUAGAUCUCUUCCUCAUGAUUUGACCUUUGAUAAAUUAACUCACUUUCUUGGGCUUCAUUUUGUUCAUCCUGAAGAUGAAGUUGGAGGGUGGGGAGGUGAUAAGAUAAUUGAGAAGCUCCUUCCAGCUCAAAAUCUUAUCAUUUUUUUAAAGAAAGGUUAAGCAACACAGACAGACUGCCCAGGCAACCUCUUUGCCCUACAAAGGCUUAGGAAAGUAAAGUCAGCAAGCAUUAAUAAAGUAUCUACCAUGUACCAGGCUCUAGACAUACAAAGAAAGGCAAAAAAUAAUCCUGCCUUCAUGGAAGUCCCAGUGGAGAAGACCACACACAAAUAAUUAUGUAUAAGAGAUUUUCAGGAUAAAUUAGGGGUAAUCUCAAAGAGAAGGCAUUAAGAUUCAGGAGGACUAGGAAAGUCUUCUUGCUGAAUAAAGAACUCUUCUUCACUAGAGAGCUAUUUGUAAUGCUUAGUUAUUAUUAUUCAAUCAUUCUGUAGUCCUGCCCAACUCUUUAUGACUGCAUUUUGUGUUUUCUUGGCAAAGAUUUUGGAAUUUUUCACCAUUUCUUUCUCCAUCUCAUUGUGCAGAUGAAGAAACUGAAGCAAACAAAGUUAAUCAAUUUGCCCAGGGCCACAUAGAUAAUGUCUGAGGUCAAAUUUGAAUUCAGGAAAAUGCAUUUUUCUGGCUCCAGUCUGGGCUCUGUAUCCACUCUGCAUCUGCUUUGUCCAUAGUGCAUAGAGAAGGUCCUUUAUAAAUGUUAAGUUUUUCCUCCUCCUCCUCCUCCUCUUCCUCCUUUUUUUUUUUAAAUAAUUUUAGGUCUUAGCUAAAGGUAUUUCAUAGCUCCAGUUGGAAAUAUAUAUCAGUGACUUUCUUUUUCUAUGUAAGAAUUUAAAGAGGAUCCAUGUCUAAAAGGCCUUAGGAAGAAAAAACUCUUCAUUCAUUGUGUUUGCCAACCAAUUCAGGGCAUCGGUAGAUCAUUGAUUAUAUAAACUUUUCUAUCAUAGUUUGUAGUAUUGAUUGUAGAAUUACCAAUCUGGUCCUAGCUGCCAACUAGUCUAACUCCUCUCAUUUUAAGGAAAAGGAAACUGAGGCAUAACAACUGAAGUUAAGUGACUUGACCAUUGUUUGCAAGAGAAUUAGCAUCUUUGAUGAGAUUUGAACCCAAGGUCUCUAACUCUAGAAAAGGAUUUCUUAACUUAGAUAAAUAUAUGUUUUUCCCUCAUAAAUAUCAUAAUAACUAUGUUUCAAUAUAUAAUUGGUUUCCUUUACAAUUCGGUGUGUUCCAUUUUAUGAAUUUGAAAAUAUUGCUUGGAGGAGCAGUCCAUAUGCUUCACCAGAUUGCCUAAAGAGGCCACAACUCCUCAAAGGUAAAGAACUUCUACUCUAGAGACAAUGCUCUCUUCCCACUGUUCCAUUUCUGCUUUCAAAGGAAUGGGUUUGUUUUUUUCCGUUAAAGGAAAGUAGGAAUUAAACACUAAGGUACUGUUUCCUGCCUUAAGUGAAGUCUUUUGAGACCUAUCUAAUUUCCCUCUAUUCUUAUGUUUCCUAAUACGAUGAUUUUAAUGUCGAGUAGUCAGUAAUGUUUUAUUACAGAAUUUUGAGGUUUUAACAAAAAAAGGAACUGGGGUUGGUUAGAUUUUAAAAUAUCUUAAAGUAAUCUCAAAUAUCUUAAAGUAUUUUAAAGUAAUCAAUUUGGAGAGUAAAGGAAGGUAAAGAAAAUUUUGGGGGGAAAGUGGAACAAUACUGUAAACUAAUCUUUUAAAGAAGUUAUAAAAUAAUAGUUUGUCUGCCAUGUGAUUUUUUUUAAUGUAUUAUGUUAGUUAAGUAAUCCUUUAACUUGGUAAGCAGUAAAUAUUUAAGCUAAUAAAUGAAAAAUAUAUAAAUGAAUCUAUUGAAGUUAAAAUAAAGGAAUAUAAGUUUGUCAUGGGAUCUUAGAUUUAGAGCUGGAAGGAAUCUUAAAAAAUAUUGUAUUGAAAUACCAUUCAUUUACUGAUGGGAUACUGAGGCUCUGAGUGAAAUCCAUAUGGCCAGAUAGUAGACUUGUCCAUAAAUAGUCAAUGGCAGAGCUAUUACUUGAACCAAAGUCUGUGACUCCAGAUUCUUUGUUCUUUCUGUUGGACAUUUUGCAAGUAACAAUACAGAGUGAGUUUGGAUCAACAGCUUAUGAGUAAUUCUUAGGAUGAGAGAACAGCAUAUUCUAAUAGCAACAAAGUCAUCCAACAAUAUGUUCAACCAAAGCUGUGGUAUUUGAUUUUCAGUUGUACCUGAUUCUUUUUGAUCCCAUUUAGGGUUUAUAGGCAAAGAUACUGAGGGUUUGCCAUUUCCUCCUCCAGCUCAUUUUAUAACUGAGCAACUGAGACAAACAGGGUUAAGUGAUUUGCCCAGAAUCACAUAGCUAUUAAGUGUCUGAGUCAGGAUUUGAAUCCAGAAAGUUGAGUCUCUCUGACUCCAGGUGCCACUUUCUUUAUUUUUUUAUUUCUUUCUUUUUUUCUUUGUUUUUCACAACUAGACUUGGUUUUGGAGUACUAUGACAAUUGCUAAGAACAAAGGCAGUUAUCAGUAAAUUUUCCUAUGUUGAAUAUGUUUUUUAAUUAAAAAUAAUGCUUGUUGACUUGGCCUACAUGUAUUAUUACUAAUAAUAACAAAAACAAUAAUAAUAACUAACAUUUCCAUAAUACUUUAAGGCUUGCAGAGUGCUUUAUAAAUAUUAUCUCAUUUGAUCCACAACAACCCUGGGAGGUAAAAAAUGCGCUUAUUAUCCUCCUUUUAUAGAUGAGAAAAUUGAGGAAGACAGAAUUUAGGUGACUUGCCCAGGAUCAAACAGCUAUUGUCUACAACUGGAUUUGAAUUCAGAUCUUUCAGACUCUAGGUCCAGUGCUCUUACCUACUGUGCCACUUAGCUGCCCAUAAUCUUUGUAGCACAAACUAUAGGUAAAAAUUAUGUGCAAUACUAUAUUACUUUAAAAUGUGCAAAAUGCUUAUGAGGUUGAUAGGCUAAAAUAUUAUCUCAAUUUUUACAGAUGGAAAAAAUCAAGACUUAAGUAGGUGAAAUGAUUUGUUCCCAGAGAUAACUGACAUCUUACAUGGGAUUUGAAUUCAGAUCUCCAGAUCUAGCUUUAUUUCUAUUACACCAUUCUUCCUCAAGAACAAGAGAAAGUAGAGAAAGCAAAGAUUAGUAUGGGAUGGACUUAUCUUGUACCUCCAGGAUCACCAGGGCAAGAACCAUCAAAUAAUAACAAUAGCACUCCUUCAUCAAUGUUCUGUUCCAAUGCUUCCUGAUGAUAAGAUGAUUAGACUUUUUAAAGUCUGUGCUGGACAUGUGAACAUAAGUUCUUUUGUAUGUAUUAUCCUGGCCAAGAACUGACUAGUUCUUCAGAGCAACUCAUUACCAGAAGGUUGGUUGACAGGUAAUCAUUUUUUUUUUGCCAGCAACUGAUGAACUAUCAUUUAUUUACUAAAUCACAGAAAAGGCUUUCAUCAGUAUCAGAGGAGAGAACACUGAUGAAAUUCUAGAUAUUCAAAGUAGCUUGUUUGUAAAAUCUAUUUGGAAUGCUACUAAAAGCACAAAAGAACCAUCUUGACUCACUGCCAUAUAACACAUUACAUGGCAUCACAAUGCAUUUGGGAAUUUUUAAAGCCGGUUUUUAGAGCCCUACCAUUUUUUGUGUGUUUUUGUGCAUCUUUGCUGAUUUCACCUUGUAAUUUCUCUUGUUGUUUUUGAACUUCUCUUAAAUUUUUUUCUGGGUAUUUUUCUUUUUCAUAAUCCUGCCUUCCAUCUUUGUAUUGUGAAAGUUCUUUGGAUAUUGGGUAGUUUUGUAUCUUCUUAAUCUCAUUCUUCAUAUUCCAUAUGUUCAAAAUAGAACUCAUGAUCAUUGCCUUUCAAACUCCUCCCCUCUUCUAAAUAUGUCUAUUAUUGUUGAGAGCACUACCAUCUUUCCAUCCUUCCAGUGAUCCAGGUUUGAAUCUUUGAUGUCAUCCUCAACUUCUCAAUAUAAUUUGUUGACAAAUCUUGUCAUUUCUGCUUUCACAAUAUCUCUCAUAUGUCACUAGCCAUCCCUUUUGCUUAGCCUCUUAUCAUGUUUUACCUUUAUUAUCCUUCGAGUUGAUAUUCAUAUCUUGUCUCACUUCAUUCCAAUUUAUCGUCUACUAAUCCACCAAAAUGAUUUUCCAAAAGAAUAUGUCUAACCCAUUGAAUCCAUUAUUCAGUAAACUUCUGGAUGAAUGAGAGUCAUUGACAGCAAGAGGGAAUUUCAGAAGAGGGAUGGGUUUGUCAGAAAAAUGGUGAUUUCUGUUUUGGACACUGUGUGUGUAUUGAGGUUCUUAUGGAACAUUGAGUUUUGAAAUGUCCAGUAGACAGAUGGUGAAGUGGGAUUGGAUCUCAAGAGAAAUAAUAAGGCUGGAUAUAUAAAUUUGGCAAUAAGUUGCAUAGAGAUGAUCAUUGAACCCACUGAAGCUGAUAGAGGGUAUAGAGAGAAAAGGGUCCAUAACCAAAUCUUGGGAGCACACUCAGGAGGAAAAGCCAAAUAAAAAUGACUGAGGAUAUUAUUAAUACAUUUUUCUUAAAAUGCUUCAAUUGCCCUAUUAGAUAAUGAGAUAAUUUUCUUCUCUAAAUAAAGUGCAAUAUUGUAGAGUUUCAUUUUUUUGAUAUCUUAAUUUUUUGUAUACCCUAAGUAUACAAACUGGUGGAACACAUUCCAUAAGAGGUUGUUGUUUUCAGUGUACAUUGUGCUGCUGAUAACCCAAGAGCAUUUUGAGCAUUUCAUUAUCAUGUUAAAAUUAUGCUAUCCAACCAGUUAUACUAGUCAUCCCACUUCUGUAGAGAAGUGAGCUGUUUCUGGAAAGGGGAGUUUCUUCUAUAACUGUCAUUUAAUUCAUGACUUUAAUUAUAAUUUAAAAAUUCAAAUAUGUACUCUAAAGAAAUUUAGGCAAUAUAUCUAAUACAGGUGAAACUCUUCCCCAGCAUCAUAACUGACAAAAUCCAAAGGAUCACAAAUUUAGACCUGGAGAAGGGGACCUUAAUUUUAUAUAGUCCAACCCCCUCAUUUUACAAUUGAAGAAUUUGAUUCCAGUAGAGGUUACAUGACUUGUUUUGGUAAGCCAAAGGUCUAUGAAUACAUUUCAAAUUAUUGUAUGGAAAAACUUCUUAUCUAAAUUUGGUUAUCUUUCCUAUGAAUAAAAUUUGGGGAAUGCUGGUAAUGAUUCUUUGAAGUCUAAAGACCUUUUAUUUAUAGUUUUGCACAUUUCUUUUUUCUUGUUUUCAAAGUUUCUAAGUCAUGUGUGUGUUUGCACACACAUGUAUCAGUGAAUGUCUAAAUGAUAAGCAUGAUGGCAUGAUGGAUAGAAGUCUGGCUUUUAGCCAUUUUCUAAAACUGUAGGUUGAAGAUGCAUUGCCAGGCAUCUUUGGAAGCACAGAAUCUCUAAUCUAUGUUUCCUACAUAUGCAUGAAUGGAAGGACUGCCAUAGCCAAUACAAUUACAGUAGUAAAUUUAUAUAGCACUUUACAGCAAUGGUCUUGAAGGCAAAGUUUUAUUUGUCCUGUGGUUAUUGCAGUUAAUUCUUAAUAGAAAAUGCUUAUUCAAUUGGAUUUGCUGAAUUGAAUUAAUCCUCACAACCACCCCCUGAGGUGGAGAGUUCAAGAAGUAGAAUUCCAAAUUUCUAUAAAUUAAUUGAGUCAGAGGAGUUGUGAGUUUCAUAAGGUCAGAUAUCUAGUUAUUGGUAGAAACAAGAUUAAAACCUGAAUCUUCUGACUCCUACUUAUGUUUACCUUUUUAAAAGUCGAAUAUAUGAUUUUUGGGAAAAGAGAUUUCAGGAUGUUAUCAUUCUGGGAGUAACUCUAGCAGCCAAUCAGAAUCAUGACUGAGGAGAUCAGAACCUUGCAAUUGUGAUAAAAGAAGGAAAUUCACAGAGUACAGAGAUUUGUCAAAUAAUUACUUGUUAUUUAUUUGAGUCAAUGGGGAGCAGGGUUGAAAUGAAUCGCUUGACAAAGCCACUGAUAGCUGUUGAAGGCAGUAACAACAGAGUGCAUGUUCCAGCAGGUCCUAUCAUGUUGGGAAGGUUUGGAGCAUGUGAACAGUGACAGUCUGUCAUUCCUAGUGGCAAUCUAAGUAAGCUCAGAGAGGCUCAUAUCCAGAUUGGAUACUGACAAGAGACGACUUCCUUGGUCAAGUGGACGUUCCCCUUAGUCAUCUCCCGACUGAAGAUCCAACCAUGGAACGGCCCUAUACAUUUAAGGAUUUCCUCCUCCGACCAAGAAGUCAUAAAUCACGGGUAAAAGGCUUCUUGCGACUGAAAAUGGCAUAUAUGCCAAAGAAUGGAGGACAAGAUGAAGAAAAUAAUGAUCAAAGGGAAGAUUUAGAGCAUGGCUGGGAAGUUGUUGAUUCAAAUGACUCCACUUCUCAACACCAAGAAGAACUUCCUCCACCUCCCCUGCCACCUGGGUGGGAAGAGAAAGUUGACAAUUUAGGCAGAACUUACUAUGUCAACCACAACAACAGGACUACCCAGUGGCACCGACCCAGUUUGAUUGAUAUGUCCUCUGAGUCGGACAACAACAUCAGACAGAUAAACCAAGAGGCAGCACAUAGACGCUUCCGCUCCCGGCGACAUAUUAGUGAAGAUUUAGAACCUGAACCUGCAGAAGGUGGAGAUGUCUCUGAACCUUGGGAAACCAUUUCAGAGGAAGUGAAUAUAGCCGGAGACUCUCUUAGUCUGGUCUUACCACCACCUCCUGCUUCUCCAGUAUCUCGGACCAGUCCUCAAGAGCUGUCAGAGGAAUUGAACAGAAGACUUCAGAUCACUCCGGAUUCCAAUGGGGAACAAUUCAGUUCUUUGAUUCAAAGGGAACCUUCUUCAAGACUGAGGUCCUGCAGCGUGACAGAUGCAGUUGCUGAACAAUCUCAUCUACCACCGCAGAGUGCCCCAACUAGGAGAGCCCGUUCGUCAACUGUCACUGGUGGUGAAGAACCAACGCCAUCAGUGGCCUACGUACAUACUACGCCGGGCCUCCCUUCAGGCUGGGAAGAAAGGAAAGAUGCUAAGGGACGCACAUACUAUGUCAAUCAUAACAAUCGAACUACAACUUGGACUCGGCCCAUUAUGCAGCUUGCCGAAGAUGGUGCAUCUGGAUCAACUUCCAACAGUAACAACCAUCUAAGUGAGCCCCAGAUCCGGCGGCCUCGUAGCCUCAGUUCGCCCACAGUAACUUUAUCUGCGCCGCUGGAGGGUGCCAAAGAUUCACCCAUACGUCGAGCUGUGAAGGACACUCUUUCCAAUCCACAGUCUCCACAGCCAUCACCUUACAACUCCCCAAAACCACAGCACAAAGUUACACAGAGCUUCUUGCCACCUGGUUGGGAAAUGCGGAUAGCUCCAAAUGGCCGUCCAUUCUUCAUUGAUCAUAAUACAAAGACUACUACAUGGGAAGAUCCACGACUGAAAUUCCCAGUACACUUACGAUCGAAGGCAUCUUUGAAUCCUAAUGAUUUGGGUCCUCUUCCUCCCGGUUGGGAAGAAAGGAUACAUUUGGAUGGCCGAACAUUUUAUAUAGAUCAUAGAAGCCAGGUGUUGAUAUGUGGAGAAAAUGAUACCAGAGACUUAGUGCCCUCCUACGAUAGUAAAAUUACUCAGUGGGAAGAUCCAAGAUUGCAGAAUCCUGCUAUUACUGGUCCAGCUGUUCCUUAUUCCAGAGAGUUUAAACAGAAAUAUGACUACUUUAGGAAGAAGUUAAAGAAACCAGCUGAUAUUCCGAACCGGUUUGAAAUGAAGCUUCACAGAAAUAACAUAUUUGAAGAAUCCUAUAGGAGGAUCAUGUCUGUGAAGAGACCUGACGUGCUCAAAGCCAGGCUGUGGAUUGAAUUCGAGUCUGAAAAAGGCCUUGACUAUGGAGGUGUGGCCAGAGAAUGGUUCUUCUUGUUGUCCAAGGAGAUGUUUAAUCCUUAUUAUGGCCUCUUUGAAUAUUCAGCCACGGACAACUACACACUCCAGAUCAAUCCCAAUUCAGGCCUUUGCAAUGAAGAUCAUCUGUCCUAUUUCACUUUUAUUGGACGGGUAGCAGGUCUGGCAGUGUUUCAUGGGAAACUUCUAGAUGGUUUCUUCAUUAGACCAUUUUACAAAAUGAUGUUGGGAAAGCAGAUAACUUUGAAUGAUAUGGAGUCAGUGGAUAGCGAAUAUUACAACUCCUUGAAAUGGAUCCUAGAAAAUGAUCCUACUGAACUUGAUCUAAUGUUCUGCAUAGAUGAAGAAAACUUUGGGCAGACAUACCAAGUGGACCUGAAACCAAAUGGGUCAGAGAUCAUGGUGACAAAUGAAAACAAAAGAGAAUAUAUUGACUUAGUCAUCCAGUGGAGAUUCGUCAACAGAGUCCAAAAACAAAUGAAUGCCUUCUUGGAGGGAUUCACAGAAUUGCUUCCUAUCGAUUUGAUUAAAAUCUUUGAUGAAAACGAGUUAGAGCUGCUGAUGUGUGGCCUUGGAGAUGUUGAUGUUAACGACUGGAGACAACAUGCUAUUUACAAGAACGGCUACUGCCCAAAUCACCCCGUCAUUCAGUGGUUCUGGAAGGCCGUGUUAUUGAUGGAUGCUGAGAAGCGUAUCCGGUUACUACAGUUCGUUACAGGGACAUCCCGAGUGCCUAUGAAUGGAUUUGCUGAACUUUAUGGUUCAAACGGUCCUCAGCUGUUUACAAUAGAGCAAUGGGGAAGCCCUGAGAAAUUGCCCAGAGCUCAUACAUGCUUUAAUCGCCUUGACUUACCUCCAUAUGAAACUUUUGAAGAUUUAAGAGAGAAACUUCUCAUGGCCGUUGAAAAUGCUCAAGGAUUUGAAGGGGUGGAUUAGGCAGCCGCUAUUUUUUGGUUGUUGUUCAUCAAGCAAGUUUUUCUUGCCCUUUUGCAUUUGCCCAAUGGACACAUAAGCGACAAUGGCAGAACACUUGCACAAAGUUGGUUUCUGGAGCAAACUCUUCGACAGUGCUGUUGCCUAAGUGCAGAAGUUGGAACUGUAGCCCAAGGAUAGUAUUUCUGCAUUUUCCACCACAAAUUAUCAACUGGUUGAUGUGUACACUAAUUACAUUUCAGGAGGACUUGUUCUAUUUAUGUUGGGCCUCUGUAGGCAAAGCCCUUAAUAAAUAUUUUACAUACUUUCUAAUGACAAUGAAUGGAAUUAAUCACUCUACAGGUAUAGUAUUACAACUCAUGUUUACUUUUAAAAAUGAUUUAGACCUAUUUUCAGAUUUUAUUUCAUUACAAUUAAAGAUAUUAUAUACUUGGAAAAAUGAGCAUUUUUUUUGUAUCUGAAUUUCCUACCAGACUUAAUGUCAGUGACGUUUUUAUUUUUUAAGUGCAUCGAGUCUCCCCCACCUGCCACACUGUAUUCAAACUAGAGACCUACUAUUUGUCCAAAAAUGUUCCCCUGAGACAUUUACAGAAUUUCAAACAAAUCAUCGAGCAUAAUGAUAUCUUUCCACACCCAGAGAGGCUAAGCACUGACUGGAGAUGACAUUUUUGUACAAAUUUAGCAUCAUAGCAGCAAGACAGGAAAGAAUCAUAACAUGGCAUGAAAAAUUUUGUGUAGACUUAAAAGGAAUCACAGCAUCGCUCCUUGGGAGCAAUUCCAAGGAACAGAACCCAUUUUGAGCCCAGGUCAGAUUAGCAUUUCUCGUAAGAGGACCCGCUUACUUCCCCCUGCCUCCUGCUGUACAGUGAUGCUUAUGUGAUCUUUCCUCUUUACUGUUUGUUCUCUGGAGGGGAGGCAUUUGGAACGAAACCUGGCACUGCUCUCGAUUUGAAAUUGUGGAAACCAGAUUUGUUUUGUCUCUUACUUGUGUGCAUUUGCUAAUGGUCGCUAAAUAACCACUCUUGUUCUGACUGCACCAAUUCUAAAGGCACUUUAUGUACUACAUGGAAUUCAUAUCUGUUUUUUUAUCAUAAACGUUUUAAUGUGAUGAUUAUUCCUUCUCAUUGCACAUGUCUAUCAGUUGUGAAUUUGGCGGCUGCUGAUGUAUAAAAACCCAGAUGUAAAGCUGAGCCCGCAGUCUCUUCUCACCAAUUGUUUUAUGAUUUUUUUUAUUACAGUCACAAUGAUUUAUUUAAUAUACACUUUAUCUAACCAAGUUUUGUUACCUAUGACAUGUUGCAUGCUUAAAAACUAUAUAAUGCCUGAGUUGUAUCUAUUGUGUGAUAGAUUAAAGGUAAAAGAGAAGACUUGUAUUUGAUCCACUUAAAGUUGUUAAUCUAGGAGUAGAAUAGACUUGAGGGUAUUUCUUAGUUGAGGUCAUUUGAUUACCUUCAGCUUUUUGAGUCUUCUUCUUCACCUAUGGAGCUAAGCAGUUACUCUUGUUCUUGAGAGAACUCUGCUCUACUCACAGCUAAUUGUGGCCCCUUCUGUACUGGUGAAGCAAUUUUUGACCCUUAUUUCCCACUGUCCUCCCUCCUAACUCCCAGCCUUGGCCUUUCAGUUUCUCUCUUACCAGCAGACGUUGGUGGAAAAAAUGUAUGGUGUUGUAGGUUUUCUAUUUAUUGAGGACAAGAUGGAGAUAAUGGAGCCCCUUACAGAGGAACACCAUGACACUCAGAAAAUGUCAGGUUGCUGGGCUCUGCAAGGCUCAAGAAAGCAUGCGAGUGGCCAAUAGCUCUUUGGAGCACUCCAAAUCCUAGAGAUUUCUGCAGCAGAAAAGCAAAGAUUCCCUUUUCCACAUUGGGCUUUGUCUAAAAAAAAGGACAAAAUCAGAAAAUCAACAUUCCAAGUAAUUUACAAGUAGAUAAUUAGUGGCUUUUUUAACCAAUUGGUGAGAAACUUUUUUUCCUAUAGUAGAACUAGCAUCACACUCAGUUGGUGAAAAUGCCUUUUGUGAAACUGUAUUAUUCCAAUUUUAUUCUAAAGAAUCAAUCCAAAGUGCAUCGGUUACUUUUUGAGAGCUAUUACACAACCACGGUGCUGUAUAAUCAACCUUUUCCAAGAACCUGGAUUUCUUUUGUUAUUGUUUAAUGAUUAGUUUUUAAAAGGCUGGAUAACUACCAGAUGCAAAAUAAGCAAAAUAUUAAGAGGAUUUAAAACAACUCUAUUCCAGUGAGAGAAUUUCUAAGGCUCUAAAAGAUAUAUUAAGAGUAGGAACUUCAAAAGGCAUUGAGAUAUACCAUAAAAAUCUCUGGAAGGCAAGAAUUAGAUAAGAAAACAAUUCACUUUGGCUCUUUCUGAUAAACUACUUGUGUUAAUAUUUAAAUGAUACUUUUAUCAAACCAGGUUCUCUGAAUCUCCAAAGGCUACCAUGUUUCAAUUGUCUCUAUAGUAGUUUCGUAUCUUGUUUUUCUUAAUCUUCAGGAUAUAAUCUCAACAAACAGUCCAGAGAAUUUGUUGCAUGAAAAGUAAAUUCUUUAGUCAAAAACUCUGUCCAUCCAAAUCCACUGUCUAUAUGACAUUUUCUGCAAAGUCAUGCUGUGUUUCCUAUUCAGAUUAUCCUAGCAGCAAAUUUUUCUCAGCAGUCUUUGGUCUUUAUAGCCAUUCUUUGUUCCUAGACCAGAGAAGACGUUUGAUUGCAUUUUUCUUGAGCUUUCUACAAAAAGCAUAGAUCCUGAAAAGACAAUCUUUCAAAAGUUAUUGCAGGUUAAGGAAUUUACUCCAAAGAGUAUAUACUGAUUGUUGAAGGGUUGGGUUUUUUUUUAGCAUUGAUUGCCAUCAAGUCUUUUGAUAUUUCCAUUCUUGAUCCCAGGAGACCUGAUUGAAAAGUUAGGAAUUUCCGUCUGCCUGGGAUCAGCCUAAAAGUAUCAGUUUAGAAGCGUGGUGAUGCUUCUUGGACUAGAGAGAUGAUGUGGUAUUUGCUCCAUGUCAAGCUUUACUCAAUUUCAGUGCCUUUUUAUUUUGUUUUCAAACUUUAAACUCUAUGUUCUGAUUCAUUUGCCCUGGGUUUGUUAUCUGUGGCUAGUUCUACCCUUCUUCCCUUAUAAAUCACAGAACAGUCAAAUCUUCAUUUAAUUUAUUUUUUUCAAAAGGACCUUUUUAUUAUUAGCUGGCAACUGAAAUUCUCCUCUAGGUGGUCCAAUGAUCACUAAUGUAAGCAGAGGCUAUUCCUCUUCCAUUAGGGUACCUGGGUAGAUUGUAGCAAGUGAUGAGUAAAAUGUCCAAACCAUUCUCCAUAUCUUAUAUACUCUGUGGUGGUUUUUGUCCCUUGUCUGCUGUUCUUUAGUGUUUCCAGAUCUAAACUGCCAGGCUGGAGAGUCAGGUCAUUACAUGUUAUUAUUAAUCAUUUGUAGUCAUUCCCGGUUUCUACCUGCACGUGAAGGAUGUUGAAGAGUUGAAACUAGCAUUUUCUGAAAGUUCUUAUGUAGUGUGCCACCGAUGUUUAAAAUUAAACAAACGAACGAAUCAUCCAUUUGGUUAGCCAGUUAGAAGUCUUGUCACCACCUUGCAGAUAGCUCUUUCCCUUUCCUACUCUCAGGCUCUUCCUUUUCCAAACCCUGCACCCUGAUGUGAAGGGGACAUAGGGAGGAUGCUAUGUCACAUUUUUGGAAAAGCCAGCAGAGGAUGCUACAAUACAGAGUAACAGCCUAGAACCCCUCCCUCUCUCACCCCAAGGCAAAGUACACUACCUCUGUCAUGUACAGGUUUUUUGCCUGUAUCCUGAUGUGGAAGUUGUGUCAAAACUGCCAACUUCAGAUCUGAGGUGUUCAAACAAAAAGAAGUCAAAACAACCCUUUUCCACUCCUUCGUAGUUUAGAUUUUAAAAUGGGAAGAAAAAUGUGAUAUACUUUGGACCACUUUUUAAAAAAUUUAUAUAAGCCUUAACUUACAUUGUAUAUAUGCACACAUGCAUACACACACACACACAUACACCCCAGAGCGUUUUCAAUGUAAGAGGAAAAUGCUGUAGAAAUACAAGAAGAGCUUGUAUAACAUUUUAUAGGGGAAAAAAAGAUGUUUCUGUUUGUACGAAAUUUUGUAAGAAAACCUCGUCAGACAUCUUUAUUUAAAGAUGUUUCACUCAAACUAAUGCAUGUUUAAAAUGCAUGCGGAUUUUUUUUUCAACUUUGGUUUGGAAUAACUGGAAUCUAACAUGUGUUACAUUGUCUGCAGACCAGUAGUAGUGCAUUCUCUACUUUAUGUCAGUGUUGCUAAGCCACCAUCACCAAACAUAGCCUUGUGUCAACCUACGUUUUUAUUCUUCUAAGCCAUUUUGCGCCUUUUAAUUUAGUCAGACUAAUUUUCACUUAGGAUGUCCUGUUUUCCUUCAUGUUAACCACAUCAGAUUUUGAUCUUCCCUUUACUACUAUGUAUGUAACAUUUAUAUACAUAUAUAUAGUACAUGCACUGUCCAAGUAUAUAUGUAUAUACUUAUAUAGCAUUUUUUUACAUCUUUCUUGAGUAAUCUCGUUCCAAAGUGGGAGUGAGCGUUUGGUCUCUACAUAUUUCUCCAAGCCCAGCCCUGUAAAUUCCAACCUGAGCCUGAGCAAACCUUAAGGACAUGAUGUUGACUUGCUAUCCCUUGUGAACCAAGGUAUUCAGAUUAAACAUAAAAGAACAGUGACUUCUAGAGUGAAAAGAGUUUCAAACAUUCCAGGUGAAAUCCCGUUUCAUAACUUUUUAUUGUUAAAAGAAAAAAUAAACCUCCUACUAUGAGGCUAAUAUUUGAUACAGUGGUAAACACUAAACUACCUUGAUUUUGUUUGUUUGUUUUUAAAAAAGCAACUUAUAAAGAAUGCUCAUUUUCACAAUCAGAAUAGCUUUAAAGUACAGUUGAAUUUGAUACACAAUAGGGAAAGUUUUGUUCAAGAACAAAACCAUUUUUUCCAUUUAUUUUCUUAAGAGAAUUGAAGGGAAAUGUAGAUUGUUUGUUUUCCUGACAGCAAAAACGAUCAAUGUGACAAAAUGAAGUCGUUGUAAUGAAAUGAUGCAACUUGUCAAAUAUUUAAUAAAGAAUUAUGGAAGCCGAAA